AUGAAAUAUUUUGAAAAGAGUGAUAUAAAGAGUAAUAUAUUGGAAUAUAAGGAAGAAAUAAUAAAUGAAGAUGAAAAAGAAGAUGAAUUUGUAAGUGAUUAUAUAAAUAACAAUAUAAAGAACAUAGAAGAUGUUGAAAUUCAUUUAGAAAAAAUGAGUAAUGAAAUAAUUGAGCUUGAUAAAGUUAUUAACGAAAAAGUAGAAAAUCACAUUUUAAGAAAAAAUGAAUAUGAAAGCAAGUUAAAAAACAUUAAAGAAAAAAUAAAAUUAAUAAAUAGUAAAAUGGAAGAUGUAGAUAAAAAGACAGAAGAAAGUGAAGAUAUAUUAAUAAAAUUAUGUAAAGAUAUAAAAAAAUUAGAUAUCGGAAAAAAAAAUGUUACUGAAACUAUCAUAAUAUUAAAAAGAAUUGUAAUGGUUAUUACUGCUAUAAGUAAUUUAAAAAAAAAAGCGUUAAAAAGAGAUUAUAAAGAUUGCAUAUCUUUAGUAUCUGUUAUUAAAGAAAUGCUAAUUCAUAUUUUAGAUUUAAAAACUAAUGAUAAGUUAAACGAUUUAUAUAAUGAUGCGAACACUUUAUUUAAUGAUUUAAAAAAUCAAAUAAAGGAAGAUAUUGAUCUUAUAUAUGAUUGUGAUGUACAUAUAGAAAAAAAUGUUGUUGUGAUAAACGAAAUAAAUGAUAAUAAAAUUUAUAUAAACUUAUUUGAUGCAUGUAAUUGUUUAUAUUAUUUAAAUUCAAAUUUUAUAACAAAUAUAGUAAAAAAAUUUACCAAUUUUUUUUUAGAAAAAUAUAUAUUAAUUUUUGAAAAUCAAGCAAAUACCUUAGAAAGCAUUGAUAGAAGAAUAGCUUGGUUAAAACGUUCUUUAAAUAAUUAUGAAAAUACAUAUUCUCAUAUUUUCCCAAAUGUUUAUAAUGUUCCUUUUAAUAUUGUAAGUAAAUUUUGUUCUAUUACAAAAAAACAUAUUGUUAAAAUAAUUUCUUCUUCUAUUGAAGAAAUUAAUCCAGUUCUAUUAAUACAAACAGUUAUAAAAGUCAUAAAAUUUGAGAAUUUCCUUACAAAAAAUAUAAAAUUAUAUGGACCAGAUAAUCAUGUAUCUUAUGAUAAUUGUUACUCUUCUUUAGAGUUCCCAUUUCCAGAAUUAAUAAUUCAAAAGGAUAUGAAGCAUUCGGAGAAUGAUCAACUUUUAAAUAAUAAUUUAAAAGAAAACAUCAAUGAUUACAAAAAUAUAAAUAAUAAAAAUGAAACAUCUUCAACAGAAAAUAUGAAAAAUGAUACUUAUUUUAUUUCAAAAAAAAAUUCGUACAACAAAGAGGAAAAUGUUAGUAACAAAUGUAAAGGUAUAACAAAUUUUAAAGAAUUUAAUUGUGUUACUGUAGAUGAUGAUAAAAAAAGUAGCAAUGAUAUCAAAAGUGAUAUUAAUGAUAAUAAUAAUAAUAAUAAUAAUAAUAAAUGUGAAGAGAAUUAUAGCAAUAAAAAAAACAAAAAUAUUGAUUUCAUUGAUAUUUCUAGCCCCAAUAAAGAAAGAAAUCAUAAUUUUAAGGGUGCUAUUUCAUGUGUAUUUGAUAGUUAUUUGUGUAAUUGGUUGAAAUAUGAAGAAAAAAAAAUUUUAAUUAAAUUUGAAAAUAUAAUAAAUGAAAAUGAAGAAGAUAAUGUAGAUAAUCUAAGAAUUAAUAAGACAAAACAGCAAAAUUUUGUAAAUGACACUUUUGACGAUGUAAAAAAUCUAUUGAAUAAAAAUGAAUUUAUGCCUGAAAUGGAUUUUGAGAUUAUAGAAAAACAUACAGUAUAUAAAUCUGCUUAUAAAAUAUUCUACUUAUAUAAAAGUUAUGUUAAUAUGAUAUUACUAUUUAGCAAUUGUCAAACUUUAUUUGAUUUUAUUAUGUUUUUUAAAACACUUCUAUUCAAAUAUGGCGAUGAAUUAAACAAAAGAAUAAUAAUAAAAAUCAAAGAAGAAAACAAAAUUCAAAAUUUUAAAUUAUUAUCUAUAUUAAUUAAUACAAGUUAUUAUGUAGAACAAACAAUUAAUGAGGCUUAUGAAAAUAUAAUAAAUGACAUUGAUUCAAUUUUUUGUGAUAAAAUUUCUUUUAAAGAAGAAGAAAAAAUAUUUUUAAAUAUAAAAACUAAAUGUAUAAAAGUAAUAAUUACCUAUAUGGAAGAAAAACUAAACACUAUCCUUUAUAACAACUGUGUAGUAAAUAUAUAUGAUAUAAAUAAAAUACAGGAAAAAUCACAUUACAUAUCAAAUAUAGAAGUUUUUCUUCAUAAUUAUUUUACACUUUUUAAAAAAAUAUUUAACGAGACUUAUUUAACAUAUUUAUUAGAAAAAACAACCACAUUGAUUAUUCAACGAUUUUAUCAAAUUAUAUUUUCAUUUAAAUAUAUGACUAAUAUAACAGCACAACAAUUGUUGUUAGACUGUUAUGAAAUCCAAAAAGUUUUAUUUCAAAUACCUAACAUACUAAAUAAUGAAAAUAAAGAAAAUAAUUAUGUGGAAAAUAAUACAGAAGAUAAAAAAGAGGAAAAAAAUAAAAAAGAAUUUUAUUUAACAAAAAAGGAGAAUUUAACGGAUGUAGAUGAAUUUAUUAUACCUAAAACCUAUUUUAAUUAUAUUAAAAAUCAAAUGAAUAAGAUAGAAUUUUUAAUAAAAAUAUUUUUAUCCAAUGUAUAUGAUAUGGAUUCCUUUAAUUUAUUACUUACAGAAAAUAAUAAUAUUUGCACAAUGGAAGAAAUAGAAAAAAUUUUAUCUUUAAAAGAAAAAAAAAACGAAAGUAUGGAAAAUAAUUUUAAUUUAAAUAAAAAUUAUAUGUAUGAUAUUAAAAAAAGAGGUAUAAAAGCGGCAGAAGAAGUAAAAUUUUUUUUCAAUAAAAUAACUAGCAUAUAA